AUGGCGCACACCGAGGUAGACUCUUCGCUACCAAUAGUCUGGCGUGACUCGGCAGAUCCAAAAGAUUACGAAGAAGCUCGGGUUGGCCGUGUCUUCAAUCAACGACGACCCCAGAGAUUCCCGAUCGCUGUUGUUUUGGCGGAGACUGAUAGUCACGUCCUUCAAGCCGUUCAACUUGCCAACAAGCUUGACUGCAGAGUUUCGGUCAGAUCAGGAGGUCAUUCCUGGGCCGCAUGGAGUGUUAGAGACAAUGCAGUCUUGAUAGAACUCGGCAAAUUAAAGCACAUCAGUGUCGACAAGGAAGCCAUGAUUGCAUCCGUGUCUCCAAGCACCACUGGUCAGAUGCUCAACGACACUUUGUCCGCCGAAGGUCUCAUGUUCUGUGGUGGGCAUUGUCCAGAUGUUGGACUUGGCGGCUUUCUGUUACAAGGCGGCAUGGGCUGGAAUUGUAGAAACUGGGGAUGGGCUUGCGAGAAUAUCUUGGCUCUAGACGUGGUUACAGCAAACGGUGAAGCCAUCCACGUAGAUGCUAAAGAGAACUCCGAUCUUCUGUGGGCGUCCAAGGGAGCUGGACCAGGUUUCCCUGCCGUAAUCACUCGCUUCCAUCUGAAGAUCCGAAAGCAGAUCCCAGCCAUGCUGUCAUCGACCUUCCUGUAUCCUAUUGCAAGAUACGACGAGGUCAUGAACUGGAUUAUCAGUAUCACGCCUUCAUUCGAUUCGUCCACGGAGAUUGUAGCAGUCUCGGCUACGCCGCCUGGUAUAGAUCAACUGUGUAUCAUACCUCUUUUCGUGACCUUCCAAGAAUCAGACGAGGAAUGCAGAGUCGCUUUGCAGCAAGCAAACUCCACACGGCCGGAAGGCUACCUGAUCGAAGAAGUCAACAAGAGGACGAGUCUUGCCAAGGAAUACAAAGAUCAAGCAAACGCAAACCCCCAUGGUCAUCGCUAUUGUGCCGAAAACGGUUAUGUCAAGAAUGAUGUGGACGUGGCCGAAGUCCUCAAAAAGGCAUUCACAACGCUACCAACUUCGAAAGCUUUUGCGCUGUGGUAUGCAAUGGCACCGUGCAGCAGAAGGGAGCUUCCAGAUAUGGCUCUUAGCAUGCAAAGCGACCAUUACUUCGCACUUUACACAAUCUGGAAGGACGAGAAAGAUGAUGACAGAUGUCAGGCAUGGGUCCGAGAGAUCAUGAAGGAGGUGGCGCCGCAAUGUGAGGGAGCAUAUCUUGGAGACUCUGAUUUCCAAGUGCGUCAGACCAAGUACUGGACUGAUGACAAGGCACGUACACUCAUGAAACUGAGGAACAAAUGGGAUCCUGCUGGCAGAAUCUGUGGCUACCUUGAUCAUGGAGACCAGGCUGGUGUUGCCGGACUACUGAACAAUGACGAAUGGUGCAAUGGAUAUUAG